AAAAUGAAUCCGCCGGUUUCCCCAACAGCUCAUCCCGGUUUCCAAGGCAGGGCUGAGGCAGAGCUGCUGUGCCCAAGGCUGAUUUGGGGAGGGGGCGGCGGGGCUGCUCCUGCCGCUGGCUCGCUGCUGUGCGGCCAUAAACAAAUCGGGCGUAUUUAACAAGUUAAUGUCAGGCGGGCGGCGGUAGGUGUGUGCCUGGUGACAUCAGCUGGCGAGCAGCCUGGCAGCAGCGCGGCGCAGGCAGGAGCAGGCAGGGAGCCCAGGGUGUGUGCCUCUAAGCUGGCUAUUCUGGCAAGGUGGAGAGCUGGUCUGUUUGGCAGGACCUUCCCAUCUGGGAUCCAUCUGUGUUUCCCUGGAAUCGGACAGGCGGCUCCAGGCAGUGAGAAAUCGCAGAUGUGCGGGACCUGACACAUGUCCAGCUAAUGAAAGGAGAAGGCAGGCUGGGCUCCGGCUGCGCUCGAAGAUCACGGGCGGAGGAGGAGGAGGAGGAAGAGCGCUUUUCUUUCUAUUUGAAAGAAACGAGGUGUAUUGCACAGCAGCUGGAUCCUUGCAACCUCGCUGGCUAGGUUGCUGGUGAGAAGAGGGUGCCAGUGAUGCCCGGAUCGCCCGUGGAAGUGAAGAUACAGUCCAGGUCCUCUCCUCCCAACAUGCCACCGCUGCCCCCCGUCAAUGCCGGCGGCCCCCGGCCCGUGUCCUUCACCCCGACUGCACUGCCCAACGGAAUAAACCAUUCCCCCCCGACGCUGAACGGGGCCCCAUCCCCACCCCAGAGAUUCAGCAACGGCCCUUCCUCAUCCUCCUCCUCCUCACUGACCAACCAGCAGCUCCCAGCCACGUGUGGAGCCCGGCAGCUCAGCAAGCUGAAGCGCUUCCUCACCACCCUGCAGCAGUUUGGGAAUGACAUCUCCCCAGAGAUCGGGGAGAAGGUCCGGACCCUCGUUCUGGCCCUCGUGAACUCAACGGUGACAAUCGAGGAAUUUCACUGCAAGCUGCAAGAGGCGACCAACUUCCCCCUCCGGCCAUUUGUGAUCCCCUUCCUGAAGGCCAACCUCCCUCUGCUGCAGCGGGAGCUGCUGCACUGUGCCCGCGCUGCCAAGCAAACGCCCUCCCAGUACCUGGCACAGCACGAGCACAUCCUGCUCAACACCAACACCACCUCUCCCACUGACUCCGAGCUGCUCAUCGAGGUCAACGGCAAUGGCAAGAGGCACAGUCCAGACAGGAGGGAAGACAGCAGCUUUGAGAGGGAGCCGCUGCCAACAGAGCCUCCGGCCAAGAGGGUUUGCACCAUCAGCCCCGCACCCCGGCACAGCCCUGCCCUCACCAUCCCCCUGAUGAACCCCAGCGGGCAGUUCCACCCCACCCCACCACCCCUCCAGCACUACACCUUGGAAGAUAUUGCCACCUCCCACCUCUACAGGGACCCCAGCAAGAUGUUGGAGCACAGAGAGAUCCGAGACAGGCACAGUGGGCUUGGGUUGAAUGGAGGCUACCAGGACGAGCUGGUGGAUCACCGCCUGACAGAGAGGGAGUGGGCGGAUGAGUGGAAGCAUCUCGAUCACGCCCUGAACUGCAUCAUGGAGAUGGUGGAGAAGACGCGGCGCUCCAUGGCGGUGCUGCGGCGCUGCCAGGAGGCCGACAGGGAGGAGCUCAACUACUGGAAGCGGCGCUGCUCCGAGACGGCCGAGCCGCGCAAGGCGGGCACCGAGCUGCUGAGCCGCCAGCACAGCCCCGCCAGCGCCGACUCCGCGGGCAGCGCAGAUUCCCUGCGGGAGUUCAGCAGCAGGUCGGGAACGGGCUACGUCACGGAGGAGAUUUGGAAAAAAGCCGAAGAAGCUGUGAACGAGGUGAAGCGGCAGGCCAUGUCGGAGGUGCAGAAGGCGGUGGCCGAGGCGGAGCAGAAGGCGUUUGAGAUGAUCGCGUCGGAGCGGGCGCGCAUGGAGCAGACCAUCGCCGACGCCAAGCGCCAGGCCACCGAGGAUGCCUUCCUUGUCAUCAACGAGCAGGAGGAGUCCACCGAGAGCUGCUGGAACUGCGGCCGCAAGGCCAGCGAGACGUGCAGUGGCUGCAACAUCGCCCGGUACUGCGGCUCCUUCUGCCAGCACAAGGACUGGGAGAGGCACCACCGCAUCUGUGGGCAGGGCCUGCACGGGCAGAGCAAGCCCCUGGCCCUGCCCACGGGCCGGGUGGCGGCCAAGAGCCUCGAUGGCAUCCCCAGCCCAGCCCUGGAGAAAACCUCGGCCACCACCUCGCGCUCCUCCACGCCAGCAUCCGUGACAGCCAUAGACACCAACGGACUCUAGGAGGGAGGCUCUGCUUCGCUCCCCUGGAUGAGUUCCCUGGGGUUUUUUAAGCUGAAAAUGUCCCUGCAGCAACUGUUACCACUUGACAAAUUUGAUGUAUCGGAGUGCCGACACUCCGGCUUUGCCCUCUCAUCCUGCCCUUUCCUUUGUGGCUGUGAACUGGGGUGAGCCUCACCUGCAGCAUCUCCCUGCUGCUCUCAGGGGGACACCAGAGCAGUGUCAGGACCUGAGGGACACUGGGCACCCGCUCGGGGGACCUGGACUGGGGCAGAGUGCUGGCACAUGCCAGACAUGCUGAGAGUGUGGUGCCCAAGCAGGGAGCCCUGUCCUUGUGGCAUGUCAGGCUCGCUUCCCAAGGUGCCAGAGCCACCACUGCCUCCUUCUGCCACCUUUCCUCCAUAAUUCCCAGAGUCUGUUCCCUGUGCCCAGGCAGCUGUGCCUCAGGUGGCUGUGUGGGCCUGUUGUUGCUGUGAACAGACCAGAGCCAAUUUCCCAGCAGGAGCAUCUCAUCCUCUGUGCAAUGGCCAAAGCUGAGCCCACUUCUGCCUCCAGGCUGGCAGCUGAGGGUUGCAAAGAAGGAGGAGAGGAUUUUUCUGCUCGAAAAGAAGAGGCAGUGGCAGGGAGGUACUGCUGGAUGGCCUGGAUCUCAUCCCAGUCUGUGGUGAGACAGACAGUUGGGUGUUUCCUGGGUGGGCCCUGUGCUGGGGGAACACGUGCACAGCAGAUCUGGGCUGGGUGCAGGUGCCCUUUCCACCUGGGGACCGUUGUUUUGUUUUUUCACUGCCUGGAAGCUGCUGGUUUGUGAGUUCCUGCUGUUGUUUUGAGCCCAGGGAUCCUUGCUGGUGCGAGGGGUUAUUUACAGCCUGGGCUCUCCACUCACAUCGGCCAUGCUGGUAAAAGAAAGGCAGGACUGGGUGUCCUGUAUCUGUUCUUACCCAGCUCCAGGAGCUUCCUGCAGUGCUGCAUCCAGAGAUGCCCAGGGAUGUGCAUCCACCUUCAGAGAUUAUCCUGAAACCACAGGACCAGAGGAUCCCAAAACAGAGGAUCAGGAGGUCCCUGGGGAAGGGGCCAGCCUGAGGAGCUCCAUCCAUCCCAGAGUCCUGCAGUGGGGUGGAAGGAGGGACCCAGGGCAGCGCAGGCUGUGACAGCACAGGGCUGGCCAGGAGUGUCACACAGGGUGGCAGUGGCACAGCCCGUGGCAGGGAGGGGACGUGCCUCCAGGAGUGGCUCCCACAGGGGCUCCAGAAAUCCUUCUCUUCAGCACAGCCGAGUUUGUGACUGUGUGUGUGCCACUGCUGGGCUGGAGCCCAAUGAGGCAAGUAAUUCCCAAAUUAUUUUUCAUCACUUUUUCAAUUGGAGGCGAAUAAUGGAGCUGUAAUGAGUUGUCACAGGGGUGAGCAGGGAACCUGCUGCUCCAGCCCUGGCCCCUCAGGAGCGCUCCUUGGGAAGCUGCUGUUGUGGGAUGGAGCUGGUGACUCCCUGUCUGCAAGGUUUCACUAAAAAGCCACAGGUCUGGUGUUGAAGACAGCUCCAGUGGCCCUGGGGAUGUCUCCCCUGUGUCCCCAGGAUGGGUGCUGGAGCACACUGGCACUGAGGCAGCUCCCAGUGGGUGGCACUGGAGCCACCCUGACCUGCAGCAGUCCAUCCUAGCGCUGUUGGGAAGGGAGUUCCUGCCCUAAGGGACACUGUUGGAACAGCCUCAGGUCACUGCCAGGUGCUGUGACAUCCCCUCCUCACCUCAGGCUGUGGGUGGUGGUGCCAGUGCCAGGCUGGGCUGGGAGGGGAGAGCAGGGCAGGGCUGGGAGGAGUUGUUGUAAAUAGAUUGUCUUCCAUAAUUCUCAUGCAACGUUGAUGGCCGUGUAUUAAAAUUAACCCCAGUGUAAAUGAAUGAAAUACUAACAGUCAUGAUUAGAAUUAUUGCUUCUUUCUUUUUUUGUUGUUUUUUUAAAAGAUGGAAUGAUAAAUGUGAACUUGGGGUGUGGGAAGACAUUGGGUUAAGGUUUCUAAUUUUUUUUUUUUGACAUUUAAUUCUGUAAUAGAAAUUUGUUACUUCAUUCCUGUGCAUAACUUAUUUAAUGUCCUGUAUAAAGGAACCCAAACUGUUACAGAUGUAUUUAGUUUGUUCUACUCAAAAGUAGUCAAUAAAAAGACUAUAUUCA